AUGCCCGACUCGCCUCGCCACUUUCCAUCCAUCCCUCCCCGACCUCCACGCACGCUCUUCUCCACUCUCACACGGUCGCCGCCGAGUCUUCUCGCCGCGACUCAACUCCAUCAACCCCCUUCCAAACCCCCUCCUACUCCUCAUCUACGCUUUCGUACAAGCGGCGCGCCCAUCGACUUCGCUUUCCACAGCUCCGCUUGUCACUUUCUCGAGGUGCCUCCCGCGUCCGUCAUGGAUCUGUCACUGCUCGACUCCUUCGCCGAUGCCACGGGGCUACUACUAGAGGAUGCCUCUCAGUCCUCCGACCCCUUCCUCACAGGCUCGGACCCAUAUGUAUCCGAAGGUAGCCCCUCCCCCGACAACUACCUCUUCCUGUCUCCAGACCCGUUUCUCAACGACCCGCCCCUGGCCCCGGAGCCCCAGCCCCACGCAAAGAACGAGCUCAUCCUACACCCGUUCGACAUCCCGGCCAUGCCUCUUUCCGCAUCAGGCCCUGGCCCGCUCGUGCCUUCGCACGCCGUCGCAGCUCCCCUCUCCAGUGAUGGCCAGGAGAAUCGCGCACGCGUCAGUAACGGCACCGAGAAGAGGGACCGCCCGAGGACCGGUGGAGUCAAGAAAGGCGUCAUGAAAAAGACCGUGGCGACGUCGGCGUCUCCAAAAAGGGCCGUAAAGGCAGAGGAUGUGGAUGUCAAUAUAGUCAAGGACAAGCUGGCUAAGAGGAAGUUGCGUAACAAAGAGAGCGCUAGGCGGUACAGGGAAAAGCAGGUUGCACGGAGACGGCAGCUCGAGAACUAUACAAGAAGCUUGACGGAGCAGAACAGAGAGUUAGAGAAUUUGCAUGAUCGCUUGUUGACCCUCACCUGUGAAAGACGGAUGAGAGGGCUCGAGGUCCCUUUCGCCCAGGUCGCGGAUGCUAUCCCGCCGGGUGUCCUAUAGGACUGCGUCUACUUUCUUUAACUCGCGAAUCUAUAUUUGUUCGUUUUUGUGCGUUUUAGCUGACUUAACUGUAUGGUAUCUAGCUAGAAAUGGUGACAUCACUGUAUACCUAGUUGAUUUUUGGGAGCUGUUUGUAGGGAAGGUCCUCACAUAAAUACUUCGAUUUCUGCCCU